AACUUGUUAUUUUCAAUGGUCAAAGUAUAGUAUGUCGCCGCCUCGUCUCAUAAUCUCUGAGUCACUCACUGUCCGUCCGCCGAAAUGUGUGUUCUUGUUCGAGUGUCAAAAUUUGAAGGUUCGACACUGCCAAUCAUCGACAGUGGGACCGAGCCAGAUUGAUAGCUUCUGCAUUGACAUGCAUGUGUGUAGUGGCAUCAACUCUUACGAAAGGAUAUUCAACCGUACGUCUUCGUCCCUCGCCUGCUGUUGGUACCACAAAACUACCAAGUUUGGUACACAACACCGCGGGGAAAUGCACAAAGGAGGCGAGGGCUUGCAGGGUCUUAACAGCGUAAGUUCAUUCACCCCAGACUCAACUCCGGCCGGCGGAGCCAGGACUAUGGGCAAAAGGAUAUUGCAAUCACGCGUUGCAAAAUGCGUCCUGGCCCAUGGGCUUCUCGUGACUGAACACUCUGCAAGUCUAGUCCCACCCUGUUUCGACCCAAUGACAUCUACCUUAGCGGGCAGAUCAAAUACCAGCGCUUGGCACUCUGUACUUUGGACCAACAGCUGGGGGACUUGCCCUGACUGUCCGGGGGUCAAGGCUAACAGCAACGAGUGCUCGUCGUAUUAAAAAGCCUGCAAUAAACAACAUGUCUUACACAAUCGCAGUCAGAGUCAUCGACGCCACCAACAACAAUUCCAAUUUCACGCUCGCUGAGAAAAAUGUGUGGCAUAACG